AUGCGGGUUGCACUUUUGGGUAUUCUUGUUUCGGCUUUGCAAGUGGCCGGGACCAUAUUGGACAACGGUCACCCCAGAGAGAAUCCGUACCCCGGACAAGCGCCCAAGAUCUCCCUCGACGAUACUUGGAAUAUUUACGGUGCUGAUGUACCGGAAAUCGCCUACAAGGGGCGAUGGGAUAGCAAGCAUGUCUCUUGGUGGUCGGCACCUGGAAUCAAAGUGGAGUUUACCGGAGGCAAGGGUAUUAACAUUUCUCAGCUUGCUGUGAGCUUUGGUCCCAGUACCUCAGAUGGUGUCCUCGUCGCCUAUAGACUCGGAUCGCUUGAUUGGCAAUUCUCCAAUGUUACCGCCGACGCAACGUACCAGUUUGUCGGCGACUGGUCAGAGUUAAGCGAUGAAGAAAUCCGUGAGAAGAAGAUCUUCGAGAUGCGAGCCCAAAUAGCCGGUGUUGCUACCGCGGGCAACGCAGAGCUUACAGUACCUCCCAGUCUUGCUUCUGGGCAAUUCGCAACAUAUGAGACUAUGUCAUCCUGGGCGUAUCUCUUUGUGGCUGGGCUAGGCAAUGUCGAAUACUCCAUUACAGCCUACGCAGGAGCAUGCUUGACCGACAAGGCAUGCUAUGGUGGUGGUGCUCGCGGCAUGACAUGGUACUGGCACCAAGCGGCUGACCCCGGCAGUCGCGCACACGAAUUCUAUGGCGACGAGCCUGAGGGCUGGGACGUCAACGCAGAACAACCCGCCGACCUAGUGCUAAUCCAAAUGGGCGGCAACGACCACCGCCACCCGAACGAGAUUCCCGGCAAGGACUUCUACCAUGCAUACGUCGACUUGAUCGAAGACAUUCACCGUUCUUGGCCGCACGCUGUAGUCCUGAUUGUUUCACAAUGGGGCUAUUUCGCCAAGAAGGGAAUGACCUACCAAGUAGACCAGAUCUACGAAGAAGAGGGCAAGAAAGUGCAUGAGCAUUUCAAGGACCUCGGCUUUGUGUAUUAUUUCGAUACUACUGGUCUCUUGCAGCACAACGAUAUUGGUCCCAAAGCUCACCCGACCGAUGUUGGCCAUGUCAAGUUGGCAAGUCACUUGCUGCAGUGGGUGAAACUUGUGUUGCGGUGGAAACUUGAGCCGAUGGGAGAAGUUCAGCAUGGAACUCUUUCCUGGAAUGAUCAGGAGGGUUACUAG